UAACAACAACAGUACAGCUUUCUGCGCCUUGUAAUUGUGUUAAUUUAACUAAAGUCUAAAUUCGUCGCUACAAAAAACAUGGUUUGGUGUGACAUUUGACUUUCAACACGUCUAUGAGAAAGCGACAGUUUCUUCACCCAGUUAACGUUAGCGUUCGAAGUAACGUUAAGCAUUUGGCUAAAAUAGAGAGCGCGACGGACAUAGCUAGCUAGCUAGCUAGCUACGGGGAUUUUCCAGCAAGGCCUGAAACGGUAACCAAAAGCGACAGCCAAGUAACCUCUCCGACAAAAGGAAGGCAACACUAAAUUACUGAUUUAACUCUCAUAGAAGAGCGUGUGUCCUUAAAAUGAGAGGUUCUUACGGAGACAAAGAUCGAGACCGUGGCCGUGACAGAGGGAGCCCUCGUUUCGGCUCCAGCAGAGGCGGCCCACCACCGGGUAGAAAGUUCGGGAACCCCGGGGACCGUUUGCGAAAGAAGAGAUGGGACCUGGACGAGCUUCCGAAAUUUGAAAAGAACUUUUAUACUGAACAUCCGGAAAUACAGCGAAUGACCCAGUAUGAUGUUGAGGAGUAUUGCAGGAAGAAAGAAAUCACUGUUCGAGGUUCAGGUUGCCCGAAGCCUGUCACUACCUUCCAUCAGGCACAGUUUCCCCAAUAUGUAUUGGAUGUACUGAUGCAGCAGAAUUUCAAGGAGCCCACAGCCAUUCAGGCACAAGGUUUCCCUCUGGCCCUCAGCGGGAGAGACAUGGUGGGCAUUGCUCAGACUGGCUCUGGGAAGACCUUAUCGUACCUCCUGCCUGCCAUUGUGCACAUCAAUCAUCAGCCCUACUUGGAGCGUGGAGAUGGACCCAUUUGCUUGGUUCUGGCCCCCACUAGAGAACUGGCGCAGCAGGUCCAGCAGGUGGCGUACGACUAUGGAAAGUCAUCCCGCAUCAAAAGCACUUGUGUGUAUGGGGGUGCUCCCAAGGGACCUCAAAUCAGAGACCUGGAGAGAGGUGUUGAGAUCUGCAUUGCCACUCCAGGUCGUCUGAUUGACUUCCUUGAGGCUGGAAAGACCAACCUGCGACGCUGUACAUACUUGGUUCUGGAUGAAGCAGACCGCAUGCUGGAUAUGGGUUUUGAACCCCAGAUUCGCAAGAUUGUGGACCAGAUCAGGCCCGACAGACAGACCCUGAUGUGGAGUGCCACCUGGCCUAAAGAGGUUCGCCAGCUGGCAGAAGACUUUCUGAAAGACUAUGUCCAAAUUAAUGUUGGAGCGCUGGAACUCAGCGCCAACCACAACAUCCUUCAGAUAGUUGAUGUCUGUAUGGAUAGCGAGAAGGACCAAAAGUUGCUCCAGCUGAUGGAGGAGAUCAUGGCUGAGAAAGAAAACAAGACCAUCAUCUUCGUGGAGACCAAGAAACGAUGUGACGAUCUCACACGCAGGAUGAGACGUGAUGGAUGGCCAGCGAUGUGUAUUCAUGGUGACAAGAGCCAGCCAGAGAGAGACUGGGUGUUAACAGAGUUCCGUAGCGGCAAGGCUCCCAUCCUCAUCGCUACUGACGUGGCUUCACGUGGUUUGGAUGUGGAGGAUGUCAAGUUUGUCAUCAAUUAUGACUAUCCCAACUCAUCGGAGGACUAUAUCCAUCGCAUUGGUCGUACAGCCCGCAGCACCAACAAAGGCACCGCCUACACCUUCUUCACUCCGGGGAACCUCCGCCAGGCCCGCGAGCUGAUCCGGGUGCUGGAGGAGGCCCGCCAGGCCAUCAAUCCCAAACUGCUGCAGCUAGUUGAUACUGGACGGGGAGGAGGCGGAGGGGGUGGCCGGCUUCGUUUUCGUGGCAGCUCCAAUUCUAACAAUCCCAACCUGAUGUUCCAGGACACGUGUGACCGGCGAAUGCGUUCUGUGGGUGGAGGCGGUAGCAGCGCCAAAGACAGCCGCGGCAGCAGCAGCUAUGGCCGAGAUAGCCGUAGAGGAAGCAGCCGGGAACGCUCCUCCUCAUCUUCCUCUUCUCACAGGGAUCGCAGCAGCAGGGACGGAGGACGCAGCUAUAGCUCCAGCUCAUACGACCAGUAUCAGAAUAAUAACAGCAGCAGCAGCAGCAGCAGUCAGUACAGCAGCUCUAGGGGCAGCUCUGGGUCGGGGGGUGGUGGAGUAGGGCAGGCUCCACCUUCUUCAGCCGCCCCCCAGCCUCUAAUGGCCAAGCAGUUCAACCCUCCCCAGCCCAUGAUGGGCCUGAUGGGGCACUCGCCAUUCCAGUUUGCGCCUCCACAGCCACCCCCUCCAUCAAGCAGAAAGUAAUGUGCUCUGUGCAUCAGUCACUCACUCAUAAUAUGGGAC